AUGAGUUCGUUCUGGAGCUUCAUCAAAUCGAAGAAAAAUGACGACAACGAGUCCAAGCCGACCGUGGCCCACCUGGGGGAGGAGAACAAAUUUUACUUCAACAAGGAACUAAAACGAUGGGUGAUAAAGGGCGAGGAAGACAAAGUGGAGAAUGAGGAGAAGGUGACUGCGCCCCCCAAAAUGAGCACUUUGCAAAACGCCAACCAGGGUUACCGCUCCUUGAUGCAGCAGAACAAAACGAGGAGUGCCCGUACCAUCUACGCAGAAAUCCCCGGGUUAAAAACAAUUAAGAAAAAGAGCAUUCAUAUGCAAGGGGGAAUUGUGUCCCCCUAUAUGAUGGAUUCAGCGAAGAACGAAUUGAGUAGCAACACGACAGAUGAAAAUCGGUCGGAUCCAUUUGGCUCGAACAUGUUCACACCUGGUGUGAAAGUUCAAGAGAAAAAACACGUAAGUGGGAAGUCCCCUCUGAGCAAAAAUGCAAGUGACGCUGAAUUGGAAGCUAGCCCUAAAUUGAGGGGCAAAGAAGAGGGGGAAGAAGUUAUUAAGGGCAAUGUGGAUGACACGGGUAUGGAUAAUAAGACGACAGAAAUUAUCCCCAGUGGGGUCAACCAAAUGAAAAGGGAUAGUAGUGGUGGCCCACUGAAGCAACUAAAUGGAAAGGAUUCAAAACGGGAAAGUAACAUACCUAGUGUAGAAAAAAGUAUUUUCACCCCAAAGGUUCACAUGGAGAACGAAUCCAAGCGUAACCUUUCCAGGGAGAACUUUCGUAACGCAAAUAGGAAUAACGACAGGGGAGCAUCCAUACACGACAGUUACGCGGAAAAUGGAGUGUCUAGUGAAAGCAUCCCCAAGGGGCACGAACUGAAAGGAGGCUUCCACAGUUUUAACCAUCCAGGUGGGGUUAAUAUACCACCCAAGGAGGUGCGAAGUGAUAAUAGGGCUAGCUCGAUUAAGAGGGAGGAUCGAAGCAGCAAUUUUUAUGGUGACAUGGGUUUAGGGUUUAAUGAAGGGAAGGGAAGUUCCCCGUUGAGUAGGGGGCUUCCACCAGUGCCACCCCCUACGGGAGGUCCCCCUCUAGGAGGUGCUGUGAAGCCCGUUUACUUUGAACGGAUGGAACGUGGGGGUACAAAAUUCGCGACCAUGCCGAAUGGCACUUACAACGGGCAUACAAUGGAAGGCUCCAAAAGGAGAACCCCAACAGUGGGAACAAAUGGGAAGGAUUCCUGGGCGAAGGGCAACGAUGAUAUUGGGAGAAGUAUCCCUGUUAGACCUCCCCCUAAUAUGUUCCCAACCAAAACGGUGACCGAAGAAGAUGUGUUUGCAAAUGGGGUGAGCGAACAAAAUGAGAAGGCCCUUUCCAUGGGUGGCAGUUACCCAGGAGGUUUCUUCCCCCAGAAGGAAAAGGAGCUAAUUGAGCAUUUUUUAAGUGCACUGAAUAAAAGCUUAACCAAGGAGGAGGACGAUUUUAAGUGUCAGCUAAAGUUAGAAACGGAGAAACUUCACUCGAUUGCAGAAAAAGAAAGCGCUUUGGAUGCCCUGUAUAGGAAAAUGAGCCAGUUGAAAAGUAUAGAAGAGGAGAGCGAAGAUAAAGAAGCACUAAUGGCAUCGCACAUAGAUCAGGCGGAGGACCAAUCCAAACUGAACAACAUGCUACACUUAAUAAACAGUAAAAAUAAAAAAAUUAAAAAAGAGAUGGAAAUGUUUAUAAAUGCUUACAACGAGUUGAAAAAGGUAAAAAUGAAAAACGAAGAAAUAAUUCGGGUGUACAAAAAGAGGGAAGAAAAAAGUCUGCACAUGAUAAAGGAGAUGGAAGAAAAGGAAAGAAGAAGGAGUGCCUCUUUUAAAAAGAAGGAAAAAAUGUACCAAGAGGAAAUCUUGGACAAAAAAAGGAACCUCCAAUUGGAAAUUACGAAUCGUGAAAAAGAGUUGGAGAAAGUGAUGAGGGAGCAUGAAGUGUCUCUAAGGAUGAAGGAAGAAGAAUUGGAAACGCUGAGAGGGAAGGAAGGUGCACUGAAGGAGGAACUGAAGAAGGUUGAAUCCGAAGCGGAGAGAAAAGUAUCUAUGCUGAGGGACGAAUUUGAAAAGAGGAGGAUCAAAGAGAUGGAGGAGCUGAGCAACCAGCAGAGGGAAUUGACGAAGGGAGCAAUGGUAGAUGAGGUGAGGGGAGAGCUGCGAAGCGAACUCACAAAUGAAGUAAUCAUUAAUCUGCGAGGGGAACUCACAAAUGAAGUGAUGAAUGACCUACGAGGGGAACUGAGACAUGAAGUAAUGAAUGACCUGCGGGGCGAACUAAUAAAUGAAGUGAUAACUAACCUGCGAACAGAACUGAAGGACCAAGUUAUGGAAGAGCUACAAGUCCAAAUGAAGGACGAAGUGGCGGGUGACCUGGAAAAGGCUAAGAAACUGGCCGAAGACAACUUCAACAGCAAGCUAGAAAAGUAUAAAGAAAAAAUGGAGGAAAAUAAAAAUGACUUCAUUAAUAAACUUAUUAUUGAGAAAAACAACGAGGUGGAAUCCAUACGGUGCCAAGUGGAGAAAAUGAAAAAUGAGGAAAUUUUGCAGUUCAAGGAGGAACAGCAGAAAGCGAUGAACGAGAACAUGGAGCAGAUGAGGAAGAACCUCCUGGAGGAGCACCAGCAGCACGUGGAAGAGCUCAAACAGGAAUACGAAUCGCAAAAGAGUAGAGAAGUCGAGGCUCUGCGCGGUGAAGUGAGCAGGAGGGAGGAGGAGCUGCAAACCAUGGGUCAGGAAUUAAUGGACGAGCGGGAUAAGCUGGCUCAGAUGGAGAGUUCACACGAGGAGAAGCUAGCUCAAAUGGAAAACGCUCAGGAGGAAAAGUUGGCCGAGCUGCACGGGCAGAUCGAUCAGCUGAAUAGCGAGAUGAACCAAAUGGCCAAGGAGAAGAGGCAUCUAGAACUGAACGUUGCGCUGCUGAAGGAGGAAAAGGAAAACGCCAUGAAUAGAAGUCAAAACCUGGAAGACAACCUAAAGAAUAAUGAAGAAAUACACAACAAAAGGGUGAACCUCCUCGAGGAGCAGAAAGAAAAAUUAGAAAAGGAAAUAAAAGAAAUCGUAGAAAACAAGAGAAAAGAAUCCGAAGAAAUUAGAGAAAAAUUUGCUGACCUUCUACAAGCAGAAAUUAAUAGAAUUAAAAAAGAGUCCGAAGAGAAGGUCAACACGUAUGUGAAGCAAUACGAAGAAAUGAGCGAAGAAUAUGAGACGAAGAAAAAAGAAUUCAGUGAUUUGCUCGAAAAAGCAAACAGCAACAAUAAAGACCUGAACAAGAAGUACGAAGAAAAUAUAAUAAAAAUAAAUGAGUACGAAGGAAUGAUUAAAAUGCUGGAAAAUCAAACAGAGCAAAUGGUACGAAACAAAAUAGAAGAACUAAAUGAAGAAUUUGAAAAGAAGAAAGAAAUCUUCGAAAAGGAAAAAAAAGAUUUACUAGAAAAUUGUGCACACUUGGAGGAGAGUCACAAGAAAAUGAAGCAGCAGCUCGAGCAAGAAAUAAAUCUAGCCAUACAAGAGAAAGAACAGAACAUUGCCCGUAUUACUAAUAGGUAUGAAUCCAAAGUGCAUGAGAUGGAGAAACGCUGCGAGCUGCUAAUGAGUCAGUGCAGCGAACUCAAAACGAAGAACGACGAAAUGAUGGAAAACUUCCGCAACGAGAAUGAUCAGCUAGCCACCCAGAAUGACCAACUGAGUGACAACCUGAACGAAGUGAAGAACGAACUUUCCACCCUGCAAGGUAAGUACGAAGAAGUGGCCAGCCAAAACGCCCACCUGAAGAACAGCGAGCAAGAGCAACAGGAACUCAGCCACAGAUUCAGCGACCUAAAAAAUAUAAAUAGGGAUUUACUCAAAGUUACAGAAAAAGAGAGAGAAUUAAACGUAAAAAAUGUGAACAUAAUAAAAUCUUUGCAAGCACAAAUAAAGGAACAAACGAAUUUGUAUAAGGAGUACACGGAUGAAUUGAAGGAGGAAAUAGAGAAGCUAAAGCGAGUGACUGAAUCGGAGUCCAAUUCAAGUCUCUCACAGUUGUUUAACGAAAACAAAAAAUUGAAGUUGCAAAAUGAGGUCAUAACCACGAAAAGCGAGACCAUGUCUGCUGCACUCGACAGCCUAACCAAGAGACUCAGCUUCAUCGAGGCCAGCAUUCGGGACAAGGAAUAUGGCCAGGAGGUCAUCCGGCGUGCGGAUGAGUUGCAGUCAGGUUGA